CUGCCCCGUAGCGCAGGCACCGCUCUCCUCUACGCGAGUAUUGAACCUAAUGCAGGGCGUAGAAGUCGGUAGGCAUCUAGAGCAGCCGCUGAAGGGCUCCUCGCACUGUGAUAUAAGGAUCUCGGUCCUAUAUCGAAGUAUCAGAUACUCUCUCCCGACUCGCUUUCGUCGCCAGCCUCCAAGCUUCCGCAGCAUAAAUGGCAGACGACAAAGUAACGACGUCGCAUGUCGACAGCGAGCCAUAUCGUUUCGCAGAAGGUGAGCCUAAUGUGCUCACUUCCGAAAAAGAGGGGACGACUGCCGACAAGAGCGACAUGGACCGGAUGGGCAAGAGACAGGAAACCCGGCGGAAUUUCCGACAUGUCACAAUCCUUGGAUUCUCCAUGGUGAUAUUAGCGACCUGGGAGGCAAUAUUAGCCACAGCAGUGUUUGCGCUGGGUAACGGUGGAACCGCCGGUCUGAUAUGGGGCUAUCUGAUCGUGAUGACCGGGUUUGGUUUCGUCAGUGCAUCGCUCGCUGAGAUGGCUUCGAUGGCUCCUACUUCGGGCGGGCAGUACCACUGGGUCAGCGAGUUUGCGCCACGCAGCUGCCAGAGAUUUUUGAGCUACGUCGUCGGGUGGUUGGGAGUACUGGGCUGGCAGACCGCAGCCGCGACGGUCUCGUAUCUGGCUGGAAAGCAGAUCCAAGGGCUCAUACUCUUGAACAACGCUUCCUACGCUCCAAAGCCAUGGCAGGGCACGCUGCUGAUCUGGGCCGUACUCGCCAUCUGCUGGGUCUUCAACACCUUCUUGUCCCGGAAACUGCCACUGGUUGAAGGACUCAUCGUUAUCCUGCAUGUUGCUGGCUUCUUUGCGGUUAUCGUACCUCUUUGGGUGAUGGCUGAUAGGGCUCCGGCUAGCGACGUCUUUACGCUCUUCCAGGACAACAUGGAAUGGGGCAGCACGCCGCUCUCCGCUAUGGUGGGGUUGAUUGGGGCGGCGAGCUGCUUCGUCGGUAUUGAGGCCGGCGCACACAUGGCCGAAGAAGUGCGCGACGCUGCGUAUGUGAUUCCUCGCGCUAUGAUGUGGACAUGGCUCGGCAAUGGGUUAUUUGGAUGGGUGAUGGGCAUCACCUUCUGCUUCUGCGUUACGGACACGAUGUCCGUCCUCAUGACUCCUCUAGGGGUCCCGUUCAUCCAAGUGUUUGUCAACACUACUGGAUCUGUUCCUGGUGCCACUGUCUUAACUGUCCUGAUGCUCUUUAUUAGUAUCUUUGGAUGCGUCGCAGUCAUGGCAACAAACUCACGCCAACUCUUCGCUUUCGCUCGCGACAAGGGCGUGCCGUUCUCGGACAUGUUCAGCCAGGUUUCGCCCACUCUUAAAAUCCCUCUCAACUCAGUCUAUGUCACCCUGUUAUUCGUCGUUCUCCUCUCACUCAUAAAUCUCGGCUCCAGCGUAGCCUACACGCAAGUCAUUUCCCUAGGCGUCGCUGCUAUGCUGACAUCCUACAUCAUCUCCAUCUCCUGCAUCGCCUUGAAAAGGAUACGCGGCAAGCUGCUUCUGCCGUCCAAGUUUAACCUAGGCAGGUGGGGGCUUCCCGUGAACAUCAUCUCGAUUGUGUUCCUAGUCUACCUCUGGGUAUUUUCGUUCUUUCCAGCGGCUCCGCAUCCGCGGGUGGCGGAUAUGAACUGGGCUGUGCUGGGUUACGGGACGGUCAUUAUUUUUGCAGUGCUUUACUACCUCGUUCGUGGUUGGUACAACUAUGUUGGGCCAGUGGAGUAUGUGCGGAAAGGUCGGUAGGGAGAGGCUUGUAGGUGGCGGGAAGGGUCUCAUAUUAUGUGCUGAGGGGAUGAUCUGAGGGGAUGGAAGUGGGGUCGGAAUUAGCACCCUUGGCGAGGUAACCACACGAUGAUGAAACAAUUGGCGACAUCGUUCAGCUCAUUGUCCUUAUCGCAGAAAGCGGUGCGGCUAGCGCGGGAGGACCAUGUCCCGAGGUCCCUUCGGUUCCGCAUAACCCAUCAACACAGGAGGAGGAGAGAACAGACUGUCGGUGCUUGCAGAUCAGCGGAGACUUGGCGAUGGUUGGAACCUUGGAAGGAAGAGAUGUGGAGGGCGUGAUCUCGGAAAGGCCCG